AUGUCGGAUAAGUUCGUGUGUUUUCUGCUUUUAUUCCUCGCUGCCGCAAGUACUGCCUCUGCGUUUGGAGCCGGUGAGGUACCGGAUGGCAGUCCGUUCAAGGAGUACGUGUGGCGCCAUGGUGACAUUGUUGAGGUCCUUCGCUUCUUGCCUGUCAGCUUCAUAACUCACGAGUGUUUUACACAGCUUCAGAGACGCCAAAUUUAUUUUGGUAAUUGGCUUCGAGACUUCUCCCAGGUGGUCGAUACUACAUGCCUCGAAAAUGUGCCAGAGCCAAUACUACGAGCUAUUGUCUCCGUCUUGGCCAUGCUGGAGUUUGGCUUUGCGACGGACGAAUUUGAAGUUACCAGAGAGCGCCUCGGCUGUUAUACUCAUGUUGAGCACAUUGAUAACCCCCGUGGAUACGACAACAAUGCUAGGUCCGUCGACGACCGUUUGAGGGGGCCCGUCAACCCGAGAGAGCUAGAGUUCGACCCGAAGACGGGCAUGAAGAACUAUAUUGCUCAUUCUGGGCACGGCUGGGAUACCUCAGCGGACUAUGUUCGACGCCAACUCAAGAAAUGCAUUGACAUGGGCCGCAAGGGUCGAGAGGGAGACCACAACGCUCGAAAGGAAGCAUUUAUUCACCUCGGCGCUGCCCUCCAUACGCUGGAAGACUUUGCUGCGCACAGCAACUUUAUCGAACUGUGCUUUCAUGAAAUGGGCGAGACGGACGUUUUUGCAUUUGUCGGCGAUAUGUGCAAGGUGCGAAUUCCAUCACGUCUUAGGAGGGGUCGACAUGUAUCGCCGCUCGUAACAGGCACUUUUGGCAUGCUGGACAUUUUUCACAGUUUGCUUGGGGAAGCAGAUGACAUGGCGAUACUACAGUCGAAAGGCUCGCUUGGAGAACUGGAGGAUAACCUGGACUAUGGCGCCAUGGCCUUUGAUCAGUUGUUUCAAGCGAUCAAGACAGGCAUUUCAACCUUGCAAAAUUUUUCCGCCGAAAAUACAGCCGUUAUGGAGCAAUUAGAGGCAGUAAAUAUGAUCUUCCGAAGCGCCAAAAAUAGUCCUUCGCCUACGCCAGAACCUUGUGCCGAACAGGAAGAUGGUUUCAUGGAUGCAAGUGUCCUGUGGCAAGCUAUUGAACCGAUCUUCUUUAUUCAUGAUCGGAUGAAAAAAUGGCUGAGAGAAAAUGGGGAAGCAAAAGGCUUCUCAUCUGCGAAUAAUACAGGGUCGCAGAUGAGCGACUAUACCAAUAAAUUUGUCUUCCAAUUUCUUGGAGUCGUUAUCCAGUCUUCCAUCAAAGAGCUGCGGAAUGCACUGAAAGCCGCCAAGGUCAAGGUCGACGAAGAGGCAGCGCAAUCCUGCUCGGCUGAAAUAUACGAGGACGGAUCUACAGCGUCAGACCCGAGCCACUCCGACCUGUCCAAGGACCAUUUUAGCAACGUGUUGAAUCCCCCAGCGGGAUUAAUUGCCACCGUUACAACUAAUUGGACGACGCAACAGGUUGUCAAAUGUUGGGAUAACCCAACGGCCAACGAAGAUAAAGCGAUUAACGACAUUCUGUCAAUUCUUCACCACCCCGCCUUCCCAAAGAAGAAGUCGAAAAUCCAAGACUACAUGUUUAAAGUUGUGCAGAACUGGUGGCAUGACACCCCCAAGGAAGAACAAGAGGUUAUCCUAGCGAGGCUCAGCCGAGAGAGCGUUAGAGUAAGGGGACAUGAGGACCAUAAAUUGACAAUGGAAGACGUCAAAGGAAAACGAACAGGGCCGGGUCAAUUUCCUGGCUGCACAUGCGAUGUCCGUCCACCCAGGACUCGAGAAUCCUUCCCCCUGAAAUGGGCAAUCAAUGAGGCAGUUACUGACAUUUCGUGGGCUCUCGGCACGAUGUCGAAAUGCGUAACUGUCCCUGGCGGCCAUCUUGUCAAUGUUGCUCAAGUGAUUAGCGGGCUAGUGGUAAACACAGCUCGUGCUACAGGUAUUGCAUCUCGAUCUAUUAUAAAGGGGGCACGGGAUGUAGCUGCACAAUGGUGGCCGUUUAGUUAA